AUGUCGCUGGCAAGUGUUCUUCCGCCUCUGCUGUUAGUGCUCGGGCUGCCCAGAUGCGACGGGGACAGCCGAGUUUCCAAUGCGAAUCUCUUCAUAGACACAUUGCUCCUUGGACGCAUGCCGAAAUUGGCACCAUUCGAGGGCAUCGAGCCGUACGAGAUGGAUCCAGUUUUCGUUCGCGUGAAUAUCAAGAAUACCUUCGGGCAUAGAUUCAAAGCCAAUUUCUCGUCGACGACCGUGACAGGUCUGUCGAAAGUCAAAAGAUUCAACGAUUGCUCUCGAGCAGCGAUACGCAACGGAAACAUCACAAUCACAUGUACUGUGAAUUUCAAAGAGAUCGAAAUAUUCCUGGAUGGAUUCGGUGAUGGAGAUACGACCUUGAAGAGAAGCCACAGAGUUCAAGCGAAGGCGACUUUUGAUGAAACCUACGCUCUCAUUGAAAUCGCGGGACCGAAUCGCAACGAGCCAGGGUCGUUGAUGAGAUUCGAUCUAUCCACCAUCAAGUUGAUCAUCGAACCCGCGGAGUCCAUCUCUCUCUCCAGCGACAGACUGGCAGAAUUCAGAAUGAACUUGAACAACGAGCUAUCGGAUCGAAUGAAAGUUUUGUUCGAUGGAAAAUACAAGAAAGUCCUGGAGAAUGCCAUCAGCACGGUCAAUCUGCCUCCAGUUUGA